AUGAGGCUGACACUCCACGCAGGGCUCAUAAUAGGAGUUUCUGUACUUGUCGCAGCCGGCAUUGCCGUGUACGAGUCGCCUCAGUUUCAACAAUGGGUAUCGAACUCGCGGCGAAAGAUUGCCUUGGCGCUUCACAACCUGGGCGAUGAGGUACAACCUCGUGACAUACCGCUGAGGGAAGACAUAUCUAUGACCGAAGAGCCUGGCGAAGUUGCCGAGGAGCGAAGGCGCAUUGCUCGCGCGGAAAUCCUGCGACGAGGUGCACUCAUUGAAUCACGACGUGAAUCUCAGAGCACAUCACAGCCUCGCAAUAGUUUCGACAUGCUUGUCGACGAGGAUGGUCAUUUACGUGAUCUGAAAUAUCACGAUGAUGUUCAGAAUCCCCAAGAAUCCACGGCAAAAUCGACUGGGCUAGAUUGGGAAAAUUCCGGGCCCGUUCGCCGGGGUGGUAAAUUAAUUGAUGAUGACUCCUCGACUGCUGUGGCCAAGGAUCCGUUGAACAUCCAAAUCGCCGCGCCUGCUACUCCGAAUCCUAACAUCCAAUUUUCUACCCAGCUCACGCCGAUUUCCGAUGACGCAGAGGAAAACCCGUUCUUUGAUCCGUUUUCUCCAAACUCUCCCAUCGCAGAUUCUGAUUCGAGUCACACAGAAGGCCACGAGGAGACGUACUAUGCUCAUCCCGGUGCUCCAGACAACGUGACCGAUCACAAUAAUGUGCUGGUUGAUUUCAGUGGAUUCAAUCAAGAGUUUGCUUCGUCGCAUCAUGAUAUCUCGGCUGCCCCUUCUACGAAUGGAAGCUUUACUCAUGUUGGAGGAUCUGAUGACGGGACUUCAGAUGGUACACUCAGUGAUCUUGGAGCGAGAUCCAUUGGCGGAGUUGCAACCCCAUUAAGCUGGUCCGAGGUGGGUAGUGUAAUAAGCAAUGAAGAUGCCGGUCAUCAUUGA